CGAAAGGAGCUUGUGUAGAGGAGAGUCCUACAGUGGACACACGCUGGCCCGGUCGCACAUCCACAGAGAGAGAUGACCUGAGACUGGGAGCUCCAGACCACUGUGGCAGGGGAAGGACCUGACAGAACAUACCAUCAGGAUAGAAUGGACACAGAGGACGUGUGGACGAAGGCCUUGGCUAGCAACAACGUGAGGUCCAUUGUCCGCUGGCUACGUAGCCUGUCAGCUGAAGGAAAUGCUCGUGAGGAAGACAUUCUUGCCGCUUUCAGCACCUGGAUCCAGAGGACAACUGAAGAUUCGAAGAAGGAGUUACUCACCCUGUGCUUCAGCCGUUGCCAGGGCCUGUGGAUGUUCCUGGACCAUAGCUACUUCACCAAGGUGCACCUGAGACUGCAGAGGCUGAGGAACCUGCUGACUCUGGCCCAGUGGGGGAGGAGGCAGAGAGGUUUAGGGGUUCCAUGUGUAAUGUGCAAGGCCAAGUGUGGAUUGUUGGUGAGGCAGGACUGCUGGAACCGGGAACACAGAGCUCUGAAGCAACACAUCUGGCUGGGUCAGCUUGUCCAGUGGUGGGGCAUCACAGGUCUACUGCCCAAGUACCCUGAGGCUCAAGAAAUGAAGCGGAUCGCUCAGAUGUGGAGAGAGAUAUAUCAGAACCACCACAGGUCCUGUCUCCAGAUCCCUGGUUGGGAGGAGGAGGAGGAGGGAAGGGAAAGGUGGACUUCACUUAUCCAGUGCAUGGUGGCUCAGAUAAACAAAAAACAUGGCCCUGUUUGGACUUCUGAGGACUGCCCAGACCAGUGCUACCCGCCCCCUAACCUGCAGGCCCUGCUGAAGCUAGUGCUGGUACCUCACAUCGACACCAUGUCUGUCCAGGCCAUUCUCAUGUAUUUCAUCCUGGACAUAGUAAAUUUCCUGCAGUGCAAAGAUGACCUCCUGCAGUCCUUCUGCCACGCCUUCACUAUCCCUCCCAGAUUCUCUCAGCAGAUCCGGGCUUUCUGGCUCCUCGACCAGGGACACGUCCUGGGCUCCAUGGAGCUGCUGCUGAGCCCCAGGUCUGAGCCACCCAGGCUCUCCUGGGAGCACCGCUGCAUCAUCCACAGCCUGCUGAGGAGAAAGCAGCAUCGCCUGGCACUGAAGUACAUCUACUGGAUCAAACCAUCGACAGACACCCCCUACGACCUCAAACUCUGUCUCGAUGUACUUCUGCAGAACAGCCAUGUCUCCGAGGCCUGGGAACACCUGAAGAAAGGUCACACAGGAAGUCAUGAGCUGUCAGAAGAGGCUGAGAGUCGAUGUGUUGUCGAGGGGCUUCCCCAGCUUCCGAGUACCACAGGAACCUCUAUGACAGUGAGGGAGCCAGGUGGUCCUAUUCGUCCAUUCUCUGCCCUGCUGUACCACUCUCAGAGCAUCCACACUCUCUCUUCAGAGGAUUUGGUUACACUCCUCAGGGAAUCCAUUACUGAUCUCAAACAACCACGGCCAGCAGUGAGUGAGGAGGUGGCGUGGCCAGUUGAGCGCCAGGAGAGGAGAGGUGGAUAUCAGACGCUGAGUCUGAUCAGCCAGGCCCUGAGAUGUCUCCUCUCUAGCUCCUCCACAGUGGAUGUGGUGAUGGACAGGCCGGGAGGGCAGGGAAACACAGACCAGCCAAAUGACCACCUGCCUGUAGCUGAGGAGGAACACAUGGCCCCAGCACAACUCUCUUCUUCACCCCCAUCCAGGGAUAGCUCUGCCUCUGACUCUUUAGAGUCUGCUUCCUCUCUGCCCCUGAAACAGGAUGUCUCAUACGUGCAAGGUAGCACAAAAAAACUGGAACACAUCUCCUUUCUGCUCCGUGACAGACAGCGCCAGGGCGGGCAGGACGACAGCCCCUCCCCACCAGGAAACAUCCUCCCGUCUCCGACACUGGAGGGCUCUACCGACCCCUUCUCCAUCAACAGCCUCAGCAAAGGCAGCAUGGAUGUGGAGGAGAUGGUGGACUCCACUGAGUGUGGUGUGGAGAAGAUCACGGCGCGUGAAAAACCAGGAGACGACAUAAUCACUGUGGAAGAGGAAGCAGUUCCCCCUGUAGAUCGAACAAUAGAUAGAAGGCAAAGUCUGAGCCGACUGAACCUGCAUCCUCAGUUCUACAGCAACGAGGACAACCAAUCCAUGCCCUCGGCUUCUGAGAGCCUGAUGGAGAGUCAUAACUUCCUGACACCUGACUACGACAAAAUGGACUACUGCAAAGAGGUGACUGAGGAAAUAAUGAAUGCACCAAAUGUGACAGACAUGUGGCUCGUCAUACCUGAAGGGGAAAAAGAGAACAUUCUCCCACAGGCCACCACUUUCUCUGGGGCUGCUGCCCCAUCUCUCUGCUUCCUGGAGCUGGAGACCUUACAGUUUGUUCAGAGGGCAUCUGACCUUCCGGAGCUCAAGGAGGAAGUGGAAUGUUUCCGCCGUGACUCCCAGGAUGCAGUGGACCAACCAGAGAUCCUUACCUGUGCCCUCACAGAGACCACUAUGGACCUCCUACCUGAACUCCACCUGACCCUCUGCUCUCUGGAGAAUUUGGGAGAUGCAGGUUUUGGUUGCCCGGGGACAGAGAGAGCCUCUGCCCUGGAGGGAGACCAGGAGAGCAGGGGCUCUGGGAGGUACAGCAGACCCUUCUCUUUCCAGGAUUCCUCCAUGCUCGUCCCCCUGCGAAGGUCCUUACGCUCCAGACAACUCCAGAUGCAUGGAGUACCACAUUCCCCUAGGACCAGGACAAGCCCGAGUCAUGUACCCCAGCCAAUCCUCAGCUCAGGCCCUGAGACAUCCAGGCCUGGAGGGGGGAAGGUCUCGCACAAGAAGGAGGCGGCAUGUUUCCGGAGUAGUACAGAUGAUAGGCUGGGCCACUGUAAGCUGGGUAGCUGGUGGAAACAAGCCCUGGAAACCCGGAGGGCAUCCACUGGUCUUCUGCCUGCCAUGGAACAGGUUACCACCAUCUCACAAGAAAAAAGGGGAUCACUCGUUCCUGGGGGGGCUUACUCCCACAGUCUAGUCAGCUUCCAGGAAUCUCCCGCCAAGCAGAGAGGAGACAAGUGGGAGGUCAAACAGGAGGAGAAGGAGGAGACCAUUGGUUGGAAGGCCUCUGGGAGGUUGCCCCACCAGUGGGCGGAGAAAGGCACGGCGGGCCAACGGGGAACACGGGUGAAGAGGGGCAAACGAGUGAAGCGGGCAUGAGGACAUCAAACGCGUUCCUCAUCUAUACUGUAGUACUGUAGAGACACAAACAACCACUGCCUGUGUGGAGGAUCUAAACUGACCAAAUAAGUUGACCAUGGACCGGAUCUGGACCCAGAGAGAGGUCCAUACGGACCCCGGACCCUGAUGAAGAAAGUUAUUAUGCAGUAUACAGAUAUAGACAUACAUUUUCUCUAUGCAAAUAAAUGACAAUGUCUAUCAUGUUGCCACCCAGAAGUCAUCAGUAGCCCUGGCGUAUAGUACUACUGUAGUCAUCACUGUACAUCUACUCAGGCACAGACUGUUAUUAGCCUUUUGUUAAUUGGAGAAACAAAUAAAUCCUUUUUCACAUUAA